UGAAUUUGAUCAUUUAUGGUUCUGAAAAUUUCAAAAUUUGAAUCACUGAGUAUAUACACUUGUUACCAAAAACUAGCAAAGGUUUUUAUGUUCCUACUUCAUAAUAACAUGGCAGACGAAAAGGAUGCAAAUAAUACUGAAAAAGUAGAAAAUCGUACACAAUUUGUAAAUAUUUGUGAACAGGAAGCAUGUCAGAACGGAGACAACAAAUUAAUAGAAAUAAAUCCAAGUUUAAGCAAACGUCAACUGAAAAAAGUAAAGAAAAGAGAAAAAUGGUUGGAACGAAAGGUUGAGAUAAGAUUACGAGAAAGAGAAAAGGCAAGGCAAAAACGAGCAUUUGCUCGUGCAAAUAAUAUUGACCUCGGUCCAUCUAGGAAAGCGUUGAAAAGAGUUACUAUGGCAGAUAGUAGUUGUAAAAUUGGAGUAACUAUCGACUUAUCAUUUGAUGAUUUAAUGAUAGAUAAAGAUAUAGCAAAAUUAACUAAACAAAUACUAAGAUGUUAUACUUUGAAUAGACGCGCUGUUGCACCAAUGCAGUUUUCACUUACAAGCUUUAAUGGAAAAUCAAAGACAAAUAUGGAAAGGCAUAAUGGAUAUGAGCACUGGGAUGUAAAAUUCUAUAUGGAAUCGUAUUUAAAUAUCCAUCCAAAAGAGAAAAUUAUAUAUCUUACUAGUGAAUCAGAAAAUAUUAUUAAUCAUCUGGAACAUGAUUGUGUGUACGUUAUAGGUGGUCUUGUUGAUCAUAAUAGUCAUAAGGGUCUCUGUCAUAAGUUAGCCAAACAGGCUGGAGUAAGGCAUGGCCGGUUACCUUUAGAUAAGUUUCUACAAAUGAAAGCUAGGAAGGUUUUAACUGUUGACCAUGUGUUCGAAAUUUUGCUCAGAGUUAGUGAAGGAAAAACGUGGCAAGAAGCAUUUUUGCAAGUGUUGCCAGAAAGAAAAAAUGCGCAACCUAUUGUACCGUUAGAAGGAAAAAAAGACAUGCCAGAAAUCUAUAACGAAAAACAAACACUUUUUUAUAAAAAUGACGAACUAGAACAAAAAAUGAAGGUUAAUGAACUUAAAAGCACAAAUGAUGUACAUAUGUAAUAAAAAUAUGUUAUCUACAAAAAGCAUUGUACAUAACUUUGUGAUAUUCAAUUUUAAUAGAUCCUUAUAUUUUCUAUUAUCUUUUUAUUUUCUCUACUAUCACUUCACGAUCACAAUACCUUUUAGAAGAGAAA